AUGAAAGUAUAUACCGAUAUAACAUCCUCAGAAGAAAUAGUAUCAGAUUCUUUUAAAUUUAAUUACAUAUUUGAAAAUGUUGGAGUAGAAAUAAAAUCAAGUUUUAUUUAAAAAAAUGAAGGAGACAUUGAUAUUGGUUGUGGAAAUGCUUUCGGUUAAAACGAUGAAGAAGCAAAAGGAGACGGUGGCGAAAAAAUUUUAGAUAUUAUUGAUGCUUUCAAAUACAAUGAAACUGCUUUUGAUAAAAAAGGAUACACUACUUAUAUCAAAAACUUCAUGAAAAAAGUCAAAACACACCUUGAAUAAACAAAACCUGAAAGAGUUGCUGACUUUGUUAAAGGUGCAGGUGAAAUGGUUAAAUGGAUCCUUGGUAACUUCGAUGAAUUCAGUUUUUAUACUCCUGAAUCUUAUGAUACUGAAAAUACUAUCAUUCUUUCAUAUUAUAAAGGAGAAGAUGCAACCCCUACUUUUGUUUAUUUUAUCGAUGGACUUAAGGGUGAAACAGUUUGA